UUGCUAUGCGCAAGCAGUCGAUUAAUUCACGUAUAUUAUGAGCGUUUAAGGUUGAACAGUUCUUAGUGUUUAAACUGUGUGGUUAAAAUGGCUACUUUAUGGACAAUUGUUCAAGUGAUAUUAUUCAUUAUUGCGCACACAAAUGGAUAUUGUUAUUAUAAGAGAGAGCUACGUAGUGAAUAUGGUCCCGAUUACUUCAAUUGCAAUUAUUGCAAUGUUACCCAAAAAAAUGGCGAAUGGACUGUUGAAGGAUUAAAUUCGUAUUCGUUCGGUGACCCUUAUAGAAAUAUAAUUAUAAUAUCAAUGCAGAAUCUUAAAUUUAGUGACUUUACAUUGCAAACUGUCAUCACAGAUGACAUAGCUUUUAAUUUUGGUAUCGUUGAGCUGAUUAUUGAGGAUUCGCAAAUUGACAGAAUUGUAAACUUUGCUUUUCCUAAACAAAAAUCAUCUGAGUAUGGUACAUGGGAUGUUAAGUAUCGCUUCGUAAGUUUUAAAAACAAUAAUAUAUCAACAAUUGAAGAAAAUGCCUUUAAUAAUUUCAAAAGUGAUACAAAAGUUUCAUUUUCAAAUAAUGUUAUCGGAAAUAAAAUAGGAACUAUUACUUCGCUUAGUAUACUGGUUAGUGUAACGAGUUUAGAUUUAUCAAACAAUAACUUAACAAGCAUUUCUAAUGAACUGUUUACUGCUAAUAAAAAUUUUCAAUAUUUGAAUUUGUCUAAUAGUCAGAUAAAACACAUAGUUCCCAAUGCAUUUAUAUAUCUUUCGAAAUUAGAAGUUCUCGAUUUGUCAAUGAAUAUGUUAUUAAAUGUACAUCAAUGCGAUUUACUAAAUUUAAAGGAUACCAGUUAUAUCUUUCACAAUUUAUCAGCACUACAUACAUUAAUUUUAUUUGGUAAUAAUAUAUCAAAUUUUGAUAAUGCAUUAGGUUAUCUUCCAUUAUUACAAAAACUCGAUUUAUCACAUCAAAAUUUUAGCAGUUUAUCGAACAAAAUGUUUCCGGAAAUCAGUGCAAUAAAAUACCUAAAUAUAUCAAACAAUCAAAUAAAUCAAAUAAAUCCGAAUACAUUUGUAAAUAUGCAAAAUUUAGAACAUUUAGAUUUGUCCCACAACCAAAUAAAAAACAUGCACAUAGCAUCUUUGCAUGGGUUAUCAAAUUUACAAUCCUUAAAUCUAAGUUAUAAUCAUUAUACGAUUGAUAAAUAUUUAAUAUUUAAUACACCGCAAUUAUCAUUUUUGGAUAUUAGUUACAAUAACGUAAGUGACAUUGAUGUAACAUUAUUUAAAGGAUCGCAUUUGAGCUCAAUUAAUAUCGAUGGAAUGCAACUAAGUUGCAUAAGAUUAGUCGAAAUAGUCAAAUAUUUUAAAACAUUAAAUAUUAAUUGUGUUGCUGGAAAAGAACAAAAUCGUUUACAUCUAUUUGGAAUGCAUUGUAAUCAUUCCGAUGUAAUAGAAUCCACUACAAUGCAAAACGUUAUCGAAUCUACCAACAUACCAAAUUCUGAUAUUCAAUUGUCUAAUAAUAAGAUUCUAUCAGAAAUGUUAAACGUAUUAAAUCAUAUGAAUAAUAUAAACUUAAAUGCAAAUCUUACUCAAGGAGUUAAUAUUCAGUUGUCAAAUAAUAAUAUACUAUCAGAAGUGUUAAACGGUUAA